UAAACGUUAUUAUAUAGCAAACAGACAGAAUACGAUUCCGUCUCGAUAGUGUUGUGCUUUAGUAAAACAUACAUAGAUUACUCCGUGUUUUAAAUUCAAUUAAUUAUAAACUUAUAAAAACAUUAUGUCAAAAUACCUAAGAACGUCACAACCAAUAAGUCUUAUUUUUGAACUAUUAUUGUUUUCUAUUUUAAUAGUUCCAUCAAUUAUUUUUGCUGGCAUUAAAAAUCUUUUACCGGCAAAACGAAAAGAUGUAAAAGGACAAGUAAUUCUAAUAACAGGUGCAGCAAGAGGCCUUGGGCGUCAACUAGCUUUGGAUUUUCAUAAAUUGGGCGCAAAAAUAGUUUGUGUCGAUGUAAACAAACUAGGAAACGACGAGACAGCACAAAUAAUAAACGAAGAUGGUGGGAUCGCUAAAAGUUACACGGUGGAUGUUUCUAAUAAAGAACAGAUCAAACAAUUACACGAACAUGUUAAAAAAGACCUAGGUCCCGUAGACAUAUUAAUAAACAACGCUGGUAUUGUUUGGGGCCAUUCUUAUAUAAAUCCAGAAAAAGAUGAAUUUAUAGAAAAUAUUAUGAAAGUUAAUCUUUUAAGCCAUUUUUGGAUGAAUAGAGAAAUAUUACCCUCAAUGUUAACGAGAAACAAAGGUCAUAUAGUAGCAAUAUCAUCUAUGUCUUCUAUGACUGGAGUAGCUGGGAUUUCAUCAUACACAGCUUCCAAGUGGGCUGUCAACGGGAGUAUGGAGUGUAUGGAUAAUGAACUAAGAUUAAUAAAUUCGUCAAUUGUCACCACAACAGUACUUCCUUAUUUUGUACAGACUAACAAAGAAGUUACAAAAUGUUUAAAUCUCAGACAACCAGAAUUACCAACAACAGUAGCAUGUAAAUUAAUUGUAAGAGGUAUCCUCGAAAAUCGUAGAAUAUUUUCUGUUCCGGGAAAGCAAUAUAUGGCUAUGAGUAUAAUUCGGUUACUUCCCGAUAAUUUACAAAGAAUGUUUUCAAAUAUAUUUUACGUGAAAAUUAUCCCAGAUACAAAAGAUAAGGAAAUUAUGGACAAAUAUUAUCGAACUAGUUAAAUAUAUGAUUAUAUGAUUCCAUUCUUGUUAUAAUUAUAUAAUUUUUUUAUAGUAAUUAUUUAAAAAUAUAUUUUUUGAAAUAAUCUUUACUGACAUUAAAAAUUAUAAAUGAAUUCAAUACCCCCAUACAGUUAAGUUCCAAUUACACUAAAUAUACUUAUCAAAUAUUUACUAUAAGUAUAACAUUAUAAUUAUAUUAUUAUUAUCAUUUGAUAAAUAAUUAUUUAUCAAAUGAUUACUUUUGUUAAAUAUAAUUUUAUAAAUUAUAAAUUA